UCUCAAUCCACAGCCUUUAAUAUAUCCGCACCCGUAACUCGCAUUAUCUACUAGUCCACGGCACCCACAGCGCUUACUACACAAUGGGUACGGUACUCCUCAUUCUACUCGGUAUCCUCAUUCUGGUGUACUUGUGGCUCAAACGCCACUACAACUACUGGGCCAGGCAGGGGAUUCCACAACCACCUCCUGUCUUCGGCUUCGGCUGUUUCCUGGAUGUCAUCCUUAUGAGGGACAUACCUGGCCUCAUUUACGAUAAGAUGUACAAGGAUUACUCAGGGCACGAUGCAGUUGGGUUGUACCAGUUUUUUACUCCAGAGUUGCUUCUACGUUCUCCAGAGCUCAUCAAACGAGUGAUGGCCAGCGAUUUCUCCAGUUUCCACGACAACCUGGUCACCGUCUCUGAGAGACUGGAUCCUCACUUCGCCAAAGACCCUUUUAUGGCUAAAGGAGAAGAGUGGAAGCGAUACAGAGCGAAGUUGGUUCCGACUGUGACGUCAACCAGAAUGAAGGAGAUAUAUCCCCUAAUGAAGGAUGUCACAAACCGAUUGGACGCUUACCUCGAAGGGAGCGAAAGUAAAAUAUUCGAUGCCAAAGAACUGGCCACUCUGUUCACCAUGGACAACGUGUCCAGUACUGUGUUUGGCAUCAACAGCAACUGUUUCUCAGACCCUGAGGCGACGUUCCGCAAGCUCGGGAACCUUCAGAUGAAAGAACAACUCAAGUUCAGGUGGCAGACCAUCAUAGUCCUUUUCUUGCCAAGACUUAGGAACUUGCUGGGACUCAGAUUUGUGCCAACUGUAGUUAACAACUUUGUUGAAAGUAUUGUCCAAGAUGUGAUCGACUUCAGGAGUAAGAAUGGCGUUGUCAGAAAUGACUUAUUCCAGUACUUCAUGAAAAAAGAACCAGGCAACAAACUGGAAGACAUCAUGUCGUACGCGAUGACGUUCUUCAUAGAAGGUUUCGAGACGGCAGCGAUGACUGCGAGUGCAGCGAUCUAUGAACUGGCCUUGAACCCUGACGUUCAGGUCACUCUCCAUGAGGAGAUCCUGGAAGCCUUUGGUGACGAAGGGAACAUAGAUGUGGACGUUGCGUACAACCUUCCUUAUCUGGACAAAGUAGUUCAAGAAUCUCUUCGGAAGUACCCCAUCAUGUACGUUUACGAUCGAGAGUGCACCAAAGCAAUAAACUUCGAUGUAGACGGGAAGAGUGUGGAAAUUCCGGUCGGAUGUUCUGUAGUCAUCCCUGUGUACUCGAUCCACCACGAUCCACAAUACUACCCGGAUCCGGAAGUUUUCGAUCCUGAGAGGUUCUCUAAGGAAAACAAGGCUCAGAGACCUGCUUACACGUACAUGCCUUUCGGGGAGGGACCCAGGAUAUGUCCCGGUUUAAGGUUUGGUCUCACCCAAGUGAAAUUGCUACUAACGUACCUUGUCCACAAAUACAAAAUCCAGCGCUGUGACAAGACUCCCGAAAAACUUACUCUGUCAGCUUCUCCAGUCCUUGUCUCUCCAAAUGAGCAACAGUGGAUCCGACUUGAGAAGAGGUGGUGAUUGCCGAAAUAACCGAGAACAAUUUGUCCAAGUUAACCACUGUAACAACUUAUUGUUUUACAGAAUAACGGGUUUCCUGUGCUUGUCACGGUUAUGUCUUACACCAAAACCGAAUCACUACAUUUCGAGAAAGUGUAUUGCUGUCUUCUCUAAUUGUAAAGCUCUAAAUCAUAAGUUUUGGGAUCCAUUAAAGUUAACAAAUUAAGAUUCAUGGCAAUGAACAAACCGAAUUCAACCGUCACAACAAAAAUUCAAAUCCUUUACUUUACGGCUAACCGCAAGAAAAUAUAUGACACAAUGCAGAAGCAAACACGAUGUACAUAUUCAUGGACACUGUUUAUCGUAACAGGAUAAAAUAAUAUUUAAUGACGUUACUGUGGUGUGCCUGUUACUAAAAGUAUUUUUUUGUACAGUAUUUACAGAUAUAUUUUACAUCCUGUUACAAUUUUUAUAUUUAUAAAAUUGCAUAUUUACAGGUUUUAUUUCCAUUUUGGAUUUUUGACUAUCUAAAAGAAUAUUUUCGAUAGAAGAGUUUGGAUUAUUUAAAAAUAGCAUAGUAGAUAAAUCACUGUCUGAUAUCAAAUUACAUGACAAGCUGAUGUAUGGGUUAUUAAUGUUGUAACGUUGCUAAUGUUGUAUAGGAGGUGUGAGAACUUUAACCGUCCUAGAUGAGAACAGCUGUUUAACAAACCUGUUACCAACAUCAGUCGAACUGUCUUACAGAAGGCUACAACCGAAUUGGUCAUUGGAUUUUAAUUUUCUUCAAACCUCGUUACGUCACCGCCCGGACUUCGCUCCCGCGUUUAAUACAAUUACUCGUCCUAUUCCAGCAACACGAAAAAUAUUGUCCAGAACGUGAUAGAAGUGUAAAAUGCCAACUCCAAAUAUAAUGAAUAAUUAAAUUCCCAACUCCUUGGUUUAGUAAUCCCAUUAAAACAUUACAACGUCGAAUAGUAAUAAAGUGCCUUUCCUGGCACUUACUACUUUUUAUAAAACUGGCUGUAGUGAACCUUAGAACCUCGGUACCUUACUAAAAUAACCUAAUAAUAUAAACCAGAGCGUCCCAAAGUGUACGUAGCGCCGCAGCUGUCUCCCUAAAGAAGUAAAAAUAAAAUCCAUUAAAUUUAAGGUUAUUGUGCUUAUUUAUUGAUUUUUGCUGUAAUAUAGAUAUAUGCAUCACAUGAUUGACUCAAAUAAGUUUGACUCAUCUUAUUUUUUCAAUUAAGUCGGCGAUUUUUCGCCAAUUGAUAAACAUGACAUGUGGCUGCAAAAGAAGAAAGAUCUAACGAAAACGUCAACAAUUCUAGGCCAAAAUACCUUCUAGCCUAGAUCAGGGGUUCCCAAAACUGUUUGACCCCUAUACAGAUCAAUUUCGGUGGAGCGUUGCACUCCAAUAUCUCAUCCCAUAUACGCUGCUAUACAUUUUAUUCCACAAGCUGUGAUGUAUUCAUUAAGUUAUAAUACAUGUUAGGCUUUAUAUCUUAGAAAAUCAUUAUUGAUAACGAUAUUUAUAAUCAUGUUAUAAUAAACAAUGAAGGAAGGAAAAGGUACACUUAAAAAACUAGAAUGAAUAAACAUUUGCAUCACUGAAAGAGAAGAGUAAAGAAAUUAUAGUUACAUAAAUAAUUAAUACUUUUACGUGUUUGCUUAAAUAGAACACGGUGAAUAUUAAAUUCGUUAAAUAUUUAUUUAUCAUAUAAAUAAAUUUAAAUAUAAUACAUAAAAACUUAUAACUAUGCCGGUUUUAAAUAAACUAAUUGUUUAUAAGACCAUUACUAGUUAUGUAUACUGUCAAAAUACCACUAUUAACUAUAUAGUGUAUCUAUUUAGACACGAGUCUAUUUAACAGUGACACAGUCUAUACUUAUUGACACAAUUCCAUCUGACACGAUCGCGAGUUUUGUCACUUCACAAGUUCAUUUCUAAAACUUUACUGACUUGCGGUGUUACUACAGCUCUUAUAAGGAUUUUGGCUCUUCGAGAAUAUUCAAACUCCUGAAUUUACUAGACAAGUGGAGAAGGUUCACAGUGCCCAUCAAUCGCUCAUGUAGUAGGUGCGGAAGGGCCGGAUCAAAAGAACUGACCCAACCCAUUGAGUGCUCUCUCUCCAACUACACUACUAAUCUAUUAUCCCUUUUGUUAUAGUCAGGGAUCUUGAAUGUUCGAUCACAUUCCCUUUUAUCAGAGGUUAACCUGUCUAUCUGGAACAUUCUCCCACAUUCUCGUAACAAUACGCAAUAAUAAAUGCACUUUAUUGAAUGAAAAAUCGUGCUUUACUUUAAAUCCUCUGCAGUAAUGUAAUGAAUGAUGGGGUUUGCUUUAUCAGUUUAUGAAAUCGUGGUAAGCUUAAUGUAGUGAAACUACCUUGAGUUUUACACCGUUAGAACAAUAUUCAAACUCAAACACCUUAAAGGUCUUAAUUUUGGUAGUAGUAUAAUGGCCGAUGCUAAUUUUAAAGACUUUGGAGAAACAUUUUGUUAACGCACAAUGUUUCCGUCUUUGAAACAACUAUUGCAUGACAUCUAUAAGAAUUCAUUUAUGUUACAAUAUUAAUGUAAAACUUCUGUCAUCAACUAACCGUCCAAGUUGCAGUUCUAUCUUCUAAAGUGUACCUUGAGAAAGGUGAAAUUUCAUCGGUACAAUGGGUAGGUAUCUUACAAAUUUAAAAAACCCAAGCCUUGAGGAAACGCAACAGACCAUUUAUAUUUCUACAGAUUUAUCAUUAGAUAAUUCCCACCCUAAGUCGGUUUAAUUUAAUUUUAGUGCAGUAUUGAUUAUAUUAAUUAAAUAACUCUUCGAGGGUUGAUACAUUUGCUAGUAAUGACUACUGUAAUGUUUCUGCAAUUGUCGAAUCUGCUAUAAAUCUAAAUGUAAAGUAAACCUCACGAUGCGGCUGUUCUGGCAGCCAUCUUGAUUUGAAUCCCUAACAAUAAUCUUAAAACUCAAACACAGUUACCCAUGUAUUUUUGGUCGUAAAACAAAUAGGGAUGUCUUAUUUUAUUCGUAUAGUUAAUACGACACACCCAAACGCAUUUGUAUAUUUUUAAAUAUAUUUAUUGCUGUCUCGAACUUUUUUGCACAUCCUCAUUGAAAUUCUCAACGAAUACAACUUUAUAAGAAAUAUAAAAAAUCAUUGGAAUGCUUAUUCGGUCGUGAGUCUACUACCAAAAGUAAGGAUCGUUUUUGUUUUAUUGGAAUAAAACUCAAGGUUUUAUUCCAAUAAGCCAGUAGGUUCAUCACGAUUUUACGAACUUAUAAAGAAAACCACAUCCAACAUCACACUACUGCAGAAGAUUUAAAGUAUAAAAUUAUUUUUAAUCCAUUAAAUUUCAAUUGUUAUUUUGCAUUAAUUAUUUAUGUAAAUAUAACUCCUUUACUCGUCUCUUUCAAAGAUGCAAUUUUUUAUUCAGUCUUAUUUUUAAGUGCAUCUCUUCCUUUCAUCACAGUACAUGAUAAUAAGAUUAUAAAUAUCGCUGUUAAUAAUUAUUUUCUAAGAUCAAUAAAGCCUUACAUGUAUUAUAACUGAGUAUAUACAUCACAGCCUAUGGAGUAAAAUGUAUAGCAGCGUAUAUGGGAUGGGUAUUGUAUUGGAGUACGUUGCGCCACCGAAAUUGAUCUGUUAAGUAAAAGGACCCGUGGGUCAAAAAGGUUCGGUAACCCUUGAUGUAACCUACUCCACAGAAUGUGAUGUAACGUAAAACAUGGAUUUUCCAUCUCGAAAAUUUGAGAAGGAAGUUUUAUCAUGGGAGGUAGGAGUGAGUAAGCACUUUUGGCCUUAGUUUUUAUUUUUAUUGUACUAGCUGAAGGUCAUAUUGUGUCCAAAGUUUUGUAGAUAAGGUUGCCCUCGUAGGCAGGUGUUCGUCUCAUCAACAGAUUGCCCGAUUCCAUGAAAAAUGAACAAACGCCCUAAGGCGUUAAAAUUUCGUCUGAAACCCUUUUUAGCAUCUAAGGCAUGUUAUAGUGCCGGCGAGUUUUGGAUUAUAGUUGGGAGACCUCCAAUCUAGAGGACUGACACUGGAGUUGGCGGUGGAGAGAAUUGGCGAGUGAGUGGUGUGCAUGAAUGUAAAGAUUGUAUGUCUGAAUCUAGUAUUGUGAAAGGAUGUAAAAAUUAUAGACUAAUCCGAAGUGACUUUUUCCAUAUAAUUUUUACAUUGUCCACGGCAAUAAAAAGUGUUACUUUGAUUUUGUUUUUAUUCCUAUGAAAAAUGCACACAGCUUAAAUUCGUUAGGGCUCGACAUGUGAUGAAGAGAGCAAAUGUCAUGUUCAAUUAUUGCCAGUAUUCAUUAUAUUAAGAUCAGAAAUAUCCUUAAUCAUGUUAUCCUUCCAGCUUUUUCGUACACUUUUGAUUUUUGUUUUUGUUGCAGUUUUGUAGUUUUAAACGUAUUUAAUUUUAGUACUGUAUAAUUUAUUACUAAGUUGUAUUAGAAAUAAGGGUUUUUAUAGACUAUUUCUUACUUCUUCUUAGAACUCUUCCCAGUUUAAUUUAAUUUAAACUUUAACAUACACUACUUUAUAAUAAACUUACCUUUGGGUGACAACAGGGUAAAGUGAGUUUAUAGCAUAACUUAAUGCAUUUUAAUUUAAUUGAGAAAGUAUUAACUGUUGUGGAAAUAUGUUUUAUAUUGACAAUAAUAUUGUCUACGCCUAUUCUCGUUAAUUAUAGUUUACGUAGUUAGUUGAUUAUUGUUCUUGCUACACUUUGCACAUUAUUUACACGUUUUUAGCAACAUUUCACAUUUAGCAUUAAAACUCUUUCUCGAUAAUUAAACAAUAAUUAAUUUUAGUUAGCCACGAAUAUAUUAUUAUAAUACGACAGUUGAGUACAUUCAGUUUGUAGGUUAAUUAGUGUCUACCCAUACUCUGUUUUUUCACUUGUGUUGUUGUUAAUUUUGUUAAAGCAAUAUUAAACUAAAUGGAUCUUA